UCCGACUGCUGGCGAGCUCUGUGAUGUUUGUGCUCGUCUUCGGGCAGGAAGAGGGGCAGGCGGGAGCCUCCUUCGGAGAGAACUGCUUAGCGCGCUUCACGGCGGGGAUGCCUGAGUUUGUCCUGGACAUGGAGGCCUCCGUGCAAAGCGGAGCUACUUUCUUGGAGUCGCCUCCUCUGGAAGGGAACCGGGACUGCGUGAGAGCUUGCUGUAAGAAUCCGGAGUGUAACUUGGCCCUGGUGGAGCAGACCCCGGGAGAGGAAGACAGCAUCCAAAGCUGCAUUCUCAUGAACUGUCUCUACGACCAGGACUUCGUCUGCAAGUUCGCCAAGAAGGACGGCUUCCUCAACUAUAUCGAGAGGGAAAUGUAUGAGGCCUAUGUAUCUCUGCUGGGACAAGGCAAUGGUGGUGAUCGGCCCCCAGUAGCCCGUGCUCGAGCAGAUGUGAAAGUGCAGCCUGGUGAGCAAGUGAUAUUAAGGGGCGCAGAAAGUUCUGAUGACCAUAGAAUUGUGCGUUAUGAAUGGACACUGCUUCAUGGCGAUUCCUCUGUCAUUAUAGAGAAAAAAAGUGAUAAUGCAGUGCUCACCAACUUGAAGGAAGGGACAUACAUCUUCCAAUUGACGGUGACUGAUACCGCUGAGCAGCAGAACUCCACCGAUGUCACUGUCACAGUACUGAAUGCAGAACAGACCACAGAUCACUGUUUGGCUCCUUACAAGGUGGGGCGGUGUCGAGGAGCCUUCCCUCGCUGGUACUAUAAUCCAACAACAAUGCGGUGUGAGAGCUUCAUCUUUGGGGGCUGCAAGGCCAACAAGAACAAUUACUUAUGGGAAGAAGAAUGUAAACUUGCCUGCAAGAAUGUUGCAGGUGCUAUUGAAAAACGGCAAGAACCAGUGUGCAAUGAAGAGUGCCUGCCCUUCUAUUUCAAAUGCAAAGAUGGAUGUUGUAUUGAUAGUUACCUGGAAUGUGAUGACACCCGUGAUUGCUUAGAUGGGUCAGAUGAGGAGUCUUGUGAUUCAUAUAUUCAAAUGUUCAAUAAAUUUCAGAAGAUAAAUGUUACAGACAACCAAGGUCACUGUAUGGAUUUGCCAGACACUGGGUUGUGCCAAGAGAGCUUAUCCCGCUGGUACUACAACCCAUUCACUGAGAGAUGUGAUCGCUUCACCUAUGGAGGGUGUGAAGGCAAUAAGAAUAAUUUUGAAAAGGAAGAAGACUGUAUGAAAUCCUGCAAAGGCAUCACGAAGGCUGAUGUGAUUGGCCAGAGAUGGAGUGGACACGAAGCUCGACGUGAACAUUUAAGCUCUUUUGAAGUGGGCAUUGCUGUACUCCUUGGUGUCUGCAUCAUGGUUGUAUUGGCAAUCCUGGGGUACUUCUUGCUCAAGAACAGAAAAACCUAUCGCCGGCGACGCCAGCCAACUACUGCUGCCAACUCCACUCUCUCUUCAGUCCUCUCCACCACUGAGGACACCGAGCACCUGGUUUACAACAGUACAACGAAGCCUAUUUGAUCUUCCCCCAAGAGCUGCCCUCCACUUCUGAGGCAUGGGACAGUUUUUAUUUACUGUUGAUGCUUUUGAAACCAAGGCCUACAGCUGAAGGAUUUCCCACCUUCCAUAAACUGCUGAUGAGCUCCAGCCAUUUUACUACACUUAGUAGUUCUGAAUAACUCUGGCCCCUGAGGAGAGGAGGAAUGAUAAGACUAGUUCUGCCUCAGCCUUUUCUCCUAGUGAUACGUCAGUGCCUCUAUUUGUUGCUGUUUCACUUGAUUCUUUGAGGCGGAAGGGAGUUCAUUUGAAGUAAAUGGACUUAUUGUACCCCUUUCAGCCACAGUAUGACUUGGUGUGGAAUUCAUCCUCCCACAAAGCCGCUGUACUCUGCAUUAAUCCCCCUGUGUUAGGCCUUUCCCCUCAUUUCACAUGAAUAGCAUCAAUACCUUAAAAGCUACCUGAUGUCUCUGGGGUCCUGUGGCAUAGAAAUGCACUUGGCAGUCUUUCAACAGUUUCAAGGUGAAAAUAGAAAUUUCGUAGAGUAGAACUGAGCUAAAUCUUUCAGUAGCUACUGAUUUCAAAUCUCUUGAGGCCUGUGAUGGGGUUGAUCACACCCAGGGCCAGUGUUCCCUCUAAGCUGAGUUAGUGUGAGCUAGCUCACAGUUUUUUAGCC